AAUCACAAGCGCUCCAUCAGGCAGGCUUUUGGUCGGUCCAAGGUUUCUUCCCUAUUUUUAUCAGUCGUCUAUAAUCGAUCUGUAAUCUAUCUUGGGACCGACUGUAACUACUUUGUGGCUUACGUGUCCUUCUGAUUUUGUUACACACUCACAUCCUCAGACCCUUCAGUAUGGCCCGUGUUUUCGUAUAUGGAACGUUAAAGAAGGGCCAGCCCAACAACUACCGCAUGUUUGACACCUCCAACGGCAAAACAGAAUUCCUCGGCACCGCAAAGACUGUCGAAAAAUUCCCCCUUGUCAUCGCCGGCAUCUACAACGUCCCUUACCUUCUUAACAUUCCAGGCCAGGGCAAUCAAAUUCACGGAGAGAUCUACAAGGUAGAUGAGAAGAUGUUGGAGUUCUUGGAUGAUUUUGAGGGCGUUCCUACUCACUAUCAGAGGACACUGAAUAAGUUGGAAGUGAAGGAGUGGGUUGCAGGUGCGGAUGGGGAGACACUGGAGCCCGGAAGUAUAACAGAAGCCUACCUCUAUAGCACCAAGACAUACAAGCCGGAAUGGACCAAAUUACCUACUUAUGACAACUACGACUCCUAUGGGGACCAUGGACUGAAGUAUGUUGAAAGAGAAGCACGAGAUUAAUAGAAAAAAAUAUGUAAUCAAUUUUUUUUUAAUAGAUGAUUUCAUGAAAAGGUCAAUAUUUGUGUUACAAAAUACAGUUCUGGGUCAAAUACUUGAAACUAUUUUUCUAUAAAUGUGAAUUUCAUUUUGGCUUCUUCUUUUCAGGGCUAUCCCAGCAAAUAGUCUUCCUGCUUACGUGGACUGAAAACCAAUAGGUAUAGGAUUUAUAUCAGGUGCCUUUCCCGACUCUACACACAUUUAUCCAUGCUUUGAGCUGGAGCACACUCCACUAUGGCUGAAUUGUUUUGGUCCAGACUAAAUUACCUUAAUAUAGAGAUAAUAUAGAGUUAUCUUAUAUUUAUAUACACACACAUACUGUAAUUAAUUCCACAUGAUUUACUUUCAAUGGACAAUACAUAUAAAUCCUAGUUCAGAAAAUAAACUAGAAUAUGUGAAUUUGUAAAUUAAAGAUGCACUAUGUGAUUUUUUUGACUGUGCAACUUUAAUGCUUUGGUACUGUCUUAACGCAACUAUGUGGGAUCAAAUAUCUUUACCUCACUUUGUCUAAUCAAUGACAAUUCACAUGCAAUAAAAAAGUACUGAUCAAAACAUAA